AUCUACUUUUAUUAUUUGUGGUCAGCUGGCAAAUGACCAGGCCAGGAUAGCAGGGAUUAUGGAGACAGUUGAGGCAGAAGUAGAUAAGCAUGACCAGAUGAUCCUCCAGCUUGAGAAACAGCUGCAUGAUGCGCACCACACCCUGAGUGUAGCAUUGUACCAAGCCCGGCAGAAACUACAGAGUAUUGCAAGAGCUAACAAGCGUCCUGUCAACAGUGAAGAGCUUAUCAAGUAUGCUCACCGCAUAUCCUCCUCGUACUCAGUGUCCGCACCAGACACGUGGCAGCAGGGCGAUCAAAGGAGACCGUACCCCACUGGUUAG